GCAUCUAUGCUUGGACAACAAGCUGGUUUAUCAAUACCACCACCUCCCGUAUCGAGAAAUGGAGUUCCAGCAUCAAUGGUUAAAAAUGCUGCUGGUCAAAGUCGGCAUAGUUUACCAUCAUCAUCAUCAAUGAGUAAUGCUACGAAAUUACCUCUCGACAUUGGAAUCAGUGGAAUGGAUAUGCCAUUAGUGGCAGCAAAAAAACGUGGUCCUGGUCGACCACCUAAAACUCAAAUGUUAUUUGAUGCUCAUCAAAUUUUACAAGCAACACAACGGCUAAAUUCACCAACAAAUAAUAAUAAUUUUCCUCCAACAAUGGUUCC